UUAAAUCUUCCUACUUAAUUAGCAUACUAAAAUGACCAUAAUCAUAUCCAAAUCUCCUUCACUAUCACCCUCACAAAUGCUAAUCAUAAUUAUAAUUCUCCUAGGGGUUGUUAGCACGGUACACUCGGGUAUGGGCACAAACCCUAAUGACCCGAACAAAUAUUUAGACCCUUACGACCCAUCUGGCGAUGAUCUAGGUCUUUAUGACCCGUUUUAUGAUAAUAAUAACUCGAAUAAUCCAACUUGUCAAUCACCAAUCCCACCUUUUGUGCUACCCAUUUACAAAAUUGAUACUAUGCUAUUGCAAUUUGCUCAAAAUAUUGAACAUUUGGAAGCUGAUUACUUCUUAUGGGGUGCCCUAGGGUGUGGCCUCGACGACAUUGCCCCGCAACUCACUCUCGGCGGUCCGCCUCCCAUCGGUGUCCGUAAGGCCAACCUUGACAACCUUACGGAGAGUAUUAUCAAAGAAUUUGGUUAUGAGGAAGUUGGACACUUGAGGGCCUUAAAGACAACAGUUGGAGGCAUUCCAAGGCCAUUGAUGGAUUUAAGCCCAGAAAAUUUUGCAAGUAUUGUCAAUCAAGCAUUUGAGCAUGACCUUAAGCCCCCAUUUGAUCCAUAUAGAGAUAGUCUCAGCUACAUGUUGGCUUCUUAUAUUAUUCCUUACAUGGGACUCAAUGGUUAUGUUGGUGCCAACCCACAGAUCAGAGGCUACGUCAGCAAGAGACUCUUAGCAGGGUUACUAGGAGUUGAAGCAGGCCAAGAUGCAGUAAUUAGAAUGUACUUGUAUGAGAGACGUAAGAAAAUAGUGCACCCAUACAAGUUCACCGUGGAAGAAUUCACAAAGCGCAUUUCAAUCUUAAGGAACAAAUUGGGUAUGUGUGGCAUCAAAGACGAAGGCAUCGUAGUCCCGCCGGAGCUCGGACCAGAAGGUCGGACAUGCACCAACGUCUUAUCGUCCAACCGCGACUCGCUAUCUUAUGCUCGAACACCUGCUGAAAUACUUAGAGUCUUGUACGAAAGUGGCAAUGAACAUACUCCUGGUGGAUUUUACCCUAAGGGAGCUAAUGGUCAGAUUGCUAGGAUGUAUCUUAAAGAUCAACCAUGAAACUAGUUUGAUUAAUUUGUUUAAUAAGUAUGUAAAAACACUACUAUGUAGCGUUUAUUUGAUUGUAAAAGUACGUUAUUAUUAGUUUGAGUCACAAGUCACAACGGGAGAUGUGCUUUUUAUGUAAUGUAGUGUACUUGUGUCUUGUUAUAUGUAUAAUUUCCUUAAUAAUGAAUUGAAUGUGAAAUGCUUCGGAUUGCUUAUGACUUAA